AUGCUAGGCGUGGAAGUGUUCAUCGAUGAUAUUCUUGUGUACUCGAGGUCCAGAGAACAGCACGAGCAGCAUCUUAUAGAGGUUUUGGGAGUUUUGAGAUCGGAGAGGCUAUAUGCUAAGUUCUCUAAGUGUGACUUCUGGUUACGAGAGGUUCAGUUCCUAGGGCAUCUCGUUAAUCAGAAUGGGAUAUUGGUCGACCCGGCCAAGAUUGAGGCAGUUAUGCGAUGGGAGGUGCCGAGAUCCCCAUCCGAGAUCAGGAGUUUUCUGGGAUUGGCCGAUUAUUAUCGGAGAUUUAUCAGGGAUUUCUCCAAGAUUGCCGUCCCCCUCACCAGGUUGACCCGGAAGGGCGUUACUUUUACUUGGGGUCUCGAGGAGCAGGCCUCAUUUGAGACUCUUCACCAGAGAUUGUGCGAGGCCCCGGUGUUAGCCCUUCCCGAGGGGAUGGAGGACUUUGUGGUUUUCUGUGAUGAAUCGAUAUCUGGGUUGGGGCGGUACUGA